AUGUUUAAUGAUCAAAAUUUAGAGAAUUCUACACAAAAUUAUAUGGAUCCAAAUUAUAAUAUGUCUCAUCUAAUGAAUCAAUAUAUUUAUAAUACAAAUUAUAAUGUGAAUAUAUAUCAAAAUUAUAUUUAUCCAUUUGGUACAUUUGAAAAUGAAAAUGCUACAUCAGUAAUUAAUUUAGGAAUUCGACAAGCAGAUGAAAAAAAUAUUGAAAAUUUUCUCUUAGAAAUUAAUCAAUCUAAUAAUAUAAAUGACCAGAGAAAUAUAUGCAGAAAAUCUAAAAUUGCAAUAAUUAAAAAUGCUAUAACAUCUGCAUAUAAAUUAAACGAGAAAUUAAAAAUAAUUUGUGCAGAAUUUAAGAAUAGCCAACAUUUGAUGGAAGAUGAAUGGCAACAGAAAAUAAAUAUUUGUAAUGCAGCAAAGGAAGAAAUUGUUCAAUUAUUAGAACCUAUUAAAGAUCAAAAUUUUUUAAAUCAAUUAAAAAAAGAUUUAGAAAAACGAAAAAAAAAGAGAUUAAGAGAAAAAAUUAAAAAAGAGAAAUGGAAAAAUGAAAAAAUAAUAAAAAUGGAAAAAAGAGCAAGAAUGCAUACACAGAUUGAUUUAUGGAUUAGGAAAGAACAAGCCGUAAUAGAUAAAGAAAAGCAAGAAGAAAAUUUACGUAAAGAUGCUGAUAUGGUUUUAUUUGAUGUUAGAGGGAAAAAAAUUGAUGCUAGGAAAUAUCUUGGAUUGUUACAAGAAUUACGAAAUUUGCGUAAUGUUAAAGCUAAUAUUGCCAGAGCAAGAGGAGAACAUUUAUCUUCAGCAGCUGAUGAAGCAUUUAAUAAUAUUAUUGCAAAAUUAACAGAACAAUGGUCAAUGCUUGAUCGUGAAUAUUCUACAGAAGAACAAGGUCUAAAAUUAAUGUUAAAGAAUGAUAAUGAAAAGAAAAUUGAAAAACAAAAGAAAAAUCUUUUUGAUGAAUGGGAAAAAGUAUUAUUUGGAAGAAAAAUAACAUUUGAUCAAUACAAUUCAGACUUAACUAAUUUUGUUUCCAUAAGAACUGCUUGGGAUAAAUAUAUAAGUUCAGAUAAUGAUGCAUUUGCAAUACCAAUUGGAUGGAUAAUGCCUGAUAAACCAUCCUCAGCUGCCUGGCAAAAAUGUCUCAAAAAAAUUACGUGAAAUAAAGUAAUUAUGUACAUCUGUAGAUUCUAGUAUAAAAAUAGAUAAAAUUUGAUUUGAUACAUGUUUUAAUAAUUUAUGCUAUAGGAAUACAUAUUAUAUGCAUUUAAGUGAUGUAAAUUAAGAAGAAUGAAAUUCUCUGGUCUAUUGUAUUUUAAAUAUUUAUAUCCAUAAUAAACAUUUUUAGAAUUAAAAA